AUGUCAACUGUGGACAAAAAACAAUCUGGUCUAGCUAGAAUCCUUGGUCCUGCCGUUGCAGGUGUUUGUGAAAUUGGUGUUUUCCAUCCAGUUGAUACCAUCUCCAAGAGAUUGAUGUCCAACACUACCAAGGUCAACAACUUGUCUAAGUUGAACGAGGUCAUCUUCAAGGAUAAGGCGUCGGCGCCAGCAGGGAAGAGAUUCCUCUCCCUUUUCCCCGGUUUAGGAUAUGCUGCUUGUUACAAGAUUCUACAGAGAAUCUACAAGUACGGUGGUCAACCUUUUGCAAAUGAAUUCUUGACUUCCAACGUCAAGCAAACCUACGAUGACUUGUUUGGUCCAAAGACAGGUAAGGCGUUACUUUCUGCAUCUGCGGGCUCGCUGAUUGGUAUUGGUGAAGUUGUUCUUUUGCCAUUGGAUGUCUUGAAAAUCAAGAGACAGACUAACCCUGAGGCUUUCAAAGGUAGAGGUUUCUUCAAGAUCAUCAAGGACGAAGGAUUCUCCCUUUACAAUGGUGCCGGCUGGACUGCCGCAAGAAACGCACCGGGCUCCUUCGCCUUGUUUGGUGGUUCUGCGUUUGCUAAGGAAUACAUUUUCGGCUUGACUGACUACUCCACUGCUUCUUGGUACCAAAACUUUAUUGCCUCCAUUUGUGGUGCUUCCGCUUCCUUGAUUGUCUCUGCACCUUUGGAUGUCAUCAAGACAAGAAUCCAAAACAAAAACUUUGGUACUAACGAAUCUGGCUUCACCAUCAUUAAGAACAUGAUUGCAAACGAGGGGCCAACUGCCUUCUUCAAAGGUUUGACUCCUAAGUUGUUGACCACUGGUCCUAAGCUUGUCUUCUCUUUUGCCUUGGCUCAAUCACUAAUUCCUGCAUUCGAUAAGCUCUUGAAAUAG